AUCGUAUUUAGGGUGGCCAUAUUUGGAACCUUGGCCGAGACUAAUCGGCCAUAUAAAUUUGAGGCUUCCGGAUGUUUUGAGAAGUUGUCAUAGACUCACUCGAUUUCCAUUAUUGUCGAUUGAUUCAUCUUGAUACACAGUUUCAAACCGUUCACAAUUAAGCACCUAAUCAUGGCUUCAAACGAACUACCCCACGUCAAGCUCUUCUGGCUCGAGAAGUCGCGCUCCCAGCGCAUCCUCUGGCUGCUGCAGGAGCUCAAUCUGCCCUAUGAGCUUGAGAUCUUCCACCGCAACAAGAAGACUAUGAUGGCUCCCCCGGAGCUGCAAAAGGUGCACCCGCUGGGCAAGUCGCCUGUGAUCCAGAUCAAGCCUGCUGGCGCCGCUGAAGACGCUGAGCCCAUCACCCUGGCUGAGAGUGGCUUCAUCACUCAGUAUCUUGCGGAGAACGUGCCUGAGGGUAAGAAGCUGGUACCUCAGCGAUGGAAGGAAGGUAUGGAGGGCAAGAUUGGUGGCGAGACUGAGGCUUGGAUGAGAUAUCAGUACUAUCUUCACUAUUGUGAGGGUACUCUCAUGCCUCCUCUGGUCAUGGCCCUCGUUAUCAGCGCCCUCAAGUCUCCCCAGGUUCCCUUCUUCAUCCGCCCCAUAUCAGCAAUCCUCGCCAACCGCAUCUUCUCGGCCUUCAUCUUCCCCAACGUGCACGUUAAUCUCAAGAUGAUUGAAGGUCACCUUGCUACAUCAGGUGGCAAGUACAUCUGUGGACCGCAACUCACUGCCGCGGAUAUUCUCUUGAGCUUCCCAUUGAUUGCUGCCAAAGAGGAUCUCGACAACUUUGGAAGCUUUGAGAAUGGCUCCUGGAAGUCAGAGUUUCCGAAAGUAGCCGAGUAUAUUGAGUUGAUUGAGAAUGAAGAGGGCUACAAGAAGAGUGUAGAGAAGAUUGUUGAGAUUGAUGGAGAGUUUUCUGCUACUCUUCGACCGGGACAAUGAACUUGAAGCAACUGGAUAGAAACGAGGUAUUGAUUUAUUAGAGAACAAGUAUAAAUGAAGAUGCAACUUUGAACUACUGAAU